AUGCCAAGUACGAGCACAAAAAGAGGCCAUGGAAUAAUCAUCUGGAAGUGCGCGAACAGUUUCGCAUGUAAAGCCUGGGUUUCGUCUGAGUUCGCAACCUCGGGAACGACGAUGGCGAACGUUGUGGCGCCGAAGAGAAGAGGGCACGAGGGGUGCGGUCAAAAGCUGCAAGGGCACUACCCAGGCGUGCGAGGUAUUACUUACAACCUGAACCGUUGCGUGUUACAGCAUCACCUAGCUCGUAUACCGCUUGCGGUGACGUUUGGAGCCUUGCCGAUUUUGUAUGUUUACGAGAUCACUAUUUCCUUUUUCGUGUUAGUAACCGCCAUUUUGGGUAGCCGACAUAUGGUCCUUGACUCCUUGUCGCAAACAUAA